UCGAGGGAAGGAGUUGUGUUUUCCGUUCUUUUAUUUUAACGGUUUGUUGACAAUUAUUUAUAAACGUAUAAAUUAACUAACUUAAAUAGUGUGUGAACAUUAACUUGAUUCCUGUGGUGGAUUACAAAGUGAACCGUUAACGAUGGCUACGCAGCCAGAAGUCGGUGUGUCCGACUUUGUCCUACUGGACAAUUUGACCGCCGAUACCUUUAUUGAAAAUUUGCAUUUGAGAUUUCAACACAACAAAAUCUACACAUACAUCGGCGAGGUGCUGGUGUCGGUGAACCCGUACCGCACGCUGGACAUCUAUGGCGCGCAGCAGAUGGCGCAGUACAGGGGGCGGGAGAUGUUUGAAGUACCUCCACACGUUUACGCUGUCGCUGAUGCCUGCCAGAGGGUGCUGAGGCAGCAGGGUAAAGACACAUGCGUGUUGAUCUCGGGCGAGUCAGGCUCGGGAAAGACGGAGGCGUCAAAGUUUAUAAUGAAAUACAUCGCCGCAAACACCACACAGGUUCACAGGGACUAUAUUGAUAGGGUAAAAAACGUCUUAAUCCAGUCAAAUUCGAUUCUGGAGACGUUCGGUAAUGCGAAGACGAAUCGCAACGACAACUCAUCGCGUUUCGGCAAGUACAUGGACAUUCACUUCGACUACAAGGGCGACCCGGUCGGGGGCCACAUCAGCAACUAUCUCCUGGAGAAGAGCAGAGUCGUCAGCUUGCAGCCAGGCGAGAGGAACUUCCAUUCCUUCUAUCAGUUGCUAAGUACCAACAACGCUCAGACAAAGAAGUACGGGUUAGCAUCGAGUGCGGUCUACAAGAUCCUCGGCAGCGAGCGCGCGACGGCGCAGGACUCCAAGCUCUUCUCCGUCACCAACAGUGCCUUCAACGCUCUUGGCUUCUCACAGACAGUCGUCGACGAAAUAUGGAGUAUAGUGGCUGGAGUUAUAUUGUUGGGCGAGCUAACGUUCUCGGAGGGUCAAGCCGGGCAGCUGAGUAUCGGCGGGCCGCUGGGCGCGUGCGUGUCGGCGCUGGGCGUGUCGGAGGGCUCGCUGCGCGGCGCCAUGGCGGGCCGCGUGCUGGCGGCGGGCGGGGACCUCGUCAACAAGGAGCACUCGCUCAGCGACGCCAACUACACCAGGCUCGCGCUCGCUAAGGCUGCCUAUGAUAGGCUGUUUACGUGGAUCGUGCAGCAGAUUAACAAAGCCAUCGACGUGCCCCAAGGAACAUACAAGAGCACAUUAAUAGGCGUGCUGGACAUCUACGGCUUCGAGAUAUUCGAGACGAACAGCUUCGAACAAUUCUGUAUCAACUACUGCAAUGAGAAACUUCAACAGUUGUUUAUUGAGCUGGUGCUAAAGCAGGAGCAAGAAGAAUACGCCCGUGAAGGCAUCCAGUGGACGCCGGUGAAGUACUUCAACAACCGCGUCAUCUGCGAGCUGGUGGACGCGCCGCAUCAGGGGAUCAUCGCUAUCAUGGACGAGGCCUGCCUCAAUCCUACUAAGAUAUCAGAUCAGCAGCUACUAGAAGCGAUGGACAGACGUCUCAAUGGCCACAAGCACUACACAUCACGUCAACUCUCUCCUACCGACAAGAAACUAAAACAUGGCGUCGACUUUAGAAUUACUCACUACGCGGGCGACGUGACCUACGCUAUCUCUGGCUUCAUGGACAAGAACAAGGACUCGCUGUGGCAGGACCUCAAGCGCCUGCUGCACUCCUCCAGCAACCGCUCGCUGUCCGACAUGUGGCCAGAGGGCGCCACCAACAUACAGAAGACUUCCAAGCGGCCUCCAUCAGCGGCGACCCUGUUCCGCAACUCGAUGUCCGCUCUGGUGUCGGGGCUGCAGAGCAAGGAGCCCUUCUACGUGCGCUGCGUCAAGCCCAACCCGCUGCAGACGCCCAACACCUGGGACGACCAGCUCGUCCGUCACCAAGUGGCCUACCUGGGCCUGGUGGAGAACGUGCGCGUCCGCCGCGCGGGCUUCGCGUCCCGCCAGCGCUACGACCGCUUCCUGAAGCGCUACAAGAUGCUGUCGCAGUACACGUGGCCCAACUUCCGCGGGAACUCCGACAAGGACGCCGUCAUGGUGCUGCUCCGGGACCUGCAUGUCACCGACGUGCAGUUCGGACACACCAAGCUGUUUAUUAGGAGCGCGAAGACCCUGCACAGCCUAGAAGCCGCCCGCGCAGAGCUGAUCCCGUCUAUCGUGGUGCUGCUGCAAAAGCUGUGGCGCGGGACUGUAGCCCGCAUGCGGUACAAGAGGAUGAGGGCUGCGCUCGUUAUCUUCCAUGCUUGGAGACGGUGUCGCUGCCGGCGCUACAUCAGCGCGCUGCAGCGGGAGCUGGCGGCCCAGCACAACACGAUCCGCACGUGGCCGGCGGCGCCGCGCGGCGUGCGCGUGUCGCUGCUGCAGGCGGGCUACCGGCGCUGGCGCGCGUGGCUGACGCUGGCGCCCAUCCCGCGCGCGCAGUGGCCGCAGCUCAAGAUGAAGAUCUGCGCCGCCAGCGCACUGCGCGCGCGCCGCCCGCAGUGGGGGCAGGCCCGCCAGUGGCUGGCCGACUACCUCGCCAUAGACAACUACAACCCGAAGGCUGCGACAUACAAGGCGCAGAUCGCCUCCCUGCAGAGGUCGCAGCAGGUGGGCCGGCCCCUGUUCUCGUGUCGCAUCCACAAGUUCAACCGCUUCAACAAGCUAGCGGAGCGCUGUCUGCUCAUCACCGAGUCCGCGAUAUACAAACUGGACGCCAGUACCUUCAAGCCGCUCAAGAAACCCACCUCUAUUACUGAGGUGGGAGCAAUCCGCAUAAUGAGUACGGACGUGCAGCUGGUGGUGAUCAGCAUCCCGUCCGCUAAGAAUGACCUGGUGGUGGGGCUGGUGGCGCCCACGCCCACGCCGCCCACCGCGCCCGCAGACCUGGUGGGAGAGCUGCUGGGCGUGCUCGCUAAUAGAUACCAUAUGCUCACGGGUCAGGAGCUGGUAGUGGAGGUGGAGAGCGGCGCCACGACGCGCUGCACGCUGGGCGGCAAGACGCGCGCGCUGCAGCUGCCCGCGCACGCCGCGCAGGCCGGCCACGCCGCGCCCGCCGCGCCCGCCGCGCACGACACGCACGCGCCCUUCACGCACGCGCACAACGUCAUCACCUACCAUCCCGCCUCCGCGCGCGCGUAAUCGUGCGUGUCAAAGCUGACCAUACGUAACAGUGUCCAAUAAUACGUAUUGACAAUAUCAAAUGAGCAUUUAGUUCCAAAUCUUUAGGAAUGAAUAAAAACGUUUUAUAUGACCAUAUUCUACAAUAUAUUAAGAAACUUUGUCCAAGAAUAACAUAACACACAUCCAAAAAUAAAAUUACUUCAAUGAAUGUUAAUUUUAAUGAUAAUUUAAAUAAAAACCAUGUAUGUAGAGUACUUAGAAUGUUGUGAUAGAACAAAUACAAAACAAAAAGGGCCUUAAUAUCGAUGUAUGUAUAUGAGUGCAAACUAAAAUGAACCUUAUUGACAAACCUCUAAGAUACAACGUCGAAAAAGUGACGAACAAAGUUUAAAUGAUUUCAAAUAAUUCAUUAAAUUGCAUUAAACAUGGCUAAUAAUUAAACUGUGAAAAUUUCCGCAUAUAAAUGAUUUCUAGUUCAUAAACCAGAGAGGCCUUUAAUUUAAAAUGUGUGAUGAAACAAAAAAAUGUGGUUCACCGUAAUCACGGCAUAAUGUUAGGUUAAAAUGGUUAUAUAGUGUUAGUGACAUCAUAGUAUAGUCUAAAUAUGGUAUUAGUAUAUCAAACCCUGUCCAUAUAAAGACGUAAAGAAGGUUUACUUAAAAGAAAGUGCAAUUCCUUUUGAAUUUUAGAAUUUUAAAAACAAACCCUUCGCUACGAUCCCUGGUGGAAUCACAGCGAUAAAGUUGUCAGAUUAUGGGUUAGUAGAAUCAAGAUAGGCGUCUGUCCGUCUGUGAGGGAUGCUAACCGAACAAAUCUGUCCCAUAAAACUGCAUUGCAAUCGUGGAAGAGAGAUACCUAUCUACACCAUGUAGUGCCCUGUCUCGCUUUUACAACUUGAGUCAGUGGUAGGCGUUCUGAACUGAGAAGAAAGUUCGAAAAUUUCUGUUAAUGAACAAAAACCGAUGUCAAACUAAUAAUUUAUAGUUGUUUAAUGACAAACGGCCUUAGAAUGGACUGAUGUUGCAUUUGAAGCGGCCUUAUAUUAUAUAGAUUUAAGAUUAAGUACCUUAUUAACUUAUUGAGAUGUUAACGAUAGUUUUAUUACAUUCGAUGAAUUAGUUUGUUAUUUUCAUUUGGUUUUUCAUAAUGGCAAUGUUAUGAGCUACUAGUUGAACCCGCGACUUCGUCUGCGUUGAAUUUAACAAAAAAAAACUUUGUUACUUUAGUAAGAAAAUAAAUGAAGACAGACAAAAAAAUUACGAAACAUUGAAGCUUUUUCAUGAACUACCGUUCUACGUUCGACACAACAUUUUAGACAAUCUUAGUCCCCUGAAAAAGCUGACGCAUUUGUUUUGUACCUUAUAAUGUUGCCAUCAUAAAUUACAGUAUAUAAUACGUGCCUUAAAUAUUACGUUAAUUAUUUUUUGAUGAUUUUUUUUAACUAGUAUAAAGACAUCACAUGAUAUACACAAUUGUAAAUAUGAUUAUUUAAUAAUAAUUAUAAAUAAUUGCACAUUUACAUUAUUAUGAAAUAAUAAAUUGUACAGUCAUUAAAUAAUGUUGAACAAUUAUUAUGUGGUACUAAAAUAAUGGUAACUUGCAUUUGGUAGCAAGAACGGCAUAAUACGAGUCAUAUAUUUAUGCUAGUAGAGACAUCUCGGCGUUAGUUUAACGUUUGUCGGGAUGAGAUGGAAUAGCUGUUUUUUAUGUACCUUAUGGUUUUAAUCUCGCGGUAGAAGAAUAUUUUAACCUUUGUUAUCAAAUACUCCUUGAUUUUUCAUUGUUAAAUCAUCGUCACAGUAGAGAUAAGGAUUGAUUCUUAUGCAUUAACUAUGUAACACUGAAGUAUUCAAAACAUUCAAAUUACAAUAUUAUAGUGUGCCCAGAAUAUCCGAGGAGAAAAGAAGAUCUAAGAAAACGUGAUUUGGAACAAAUAUUUGUAGACCAAAUGUCUGUUUUGUGUGGGAAUUUGAAGAACUUUAAAGCAACACUUUCUAAUUAGUGUUACCAGUAAUGUUUUGUGUUGCCAGCUUAAUACAAAAAUAUAUAUUCUUCUACCGUGAUAUUAUUAUAAAAAUGUGAUGAUAAUAACGCACAGUGAUUAUAUUAUUUAUUAAUUUAGUUCAGUAUUACAUUUUAGAGUUAUAACAAAACGAGGUUUGCUUUGCCACGGAAUUUUAACAAUUAUUACGCUGGUUGUGUUAGGUUGUAUAUUAUUAUUUUUAGAUUUGAAAGAUCGUGGCACCUUAAAUUGACCAAAAAAACUGUUUCAAAUAAACCAUGAUUUGAUGGCAUAAUAAAGUGAUAUACGUAAUAUCAGGUAGUUGUUAAAAUUCUGUGCUAAGCUCAGCCUUAGAUGUUAACAGCGAGUUAUUCUAGUUAUUUCGUAUGUAUAUAGAUGUUAUUAUUUGUAACGAGUGAUCGUACGUGCCUUGUUGUGGUGCCAUGAGAUUCGCAGUGUGUUGAUUAAAAUAAUUUUACACUUUAA